GGCCACGCGUGCGCCCCGCCGAGCGGCACUCUGUCGCGCCGCACGGGUGACCCGCGGGCCGAGGCGCCCCCACGGACACAGCCUCGCAGAGCCGCCGCUGAAGUUUCCUAGAGGACCUGAGGGACAAAAGCCGCCCCGCGCCCCGCCCGGCCCGCGCCGCUAGGGCACACGCGGCCCUUUGUUGUCCGGCGGCAUCGGCGACGUCGGGGCGACCCGGACCCGCGCCCUGGGACCCACGCGAGCUCGGGUGUCCUUAGCCGCUGGCCCCUAGGGCCAAACUUUUGCGGAGUCCCGGAUGAGAAACGCCCGGAGGUCCCCGCCGCCGUGCGUAUGCUCCGAGUUGGCGACUUUCGCUGUGCUUUAGAAACUGGCAAGACGCCAUCACCAGGAAAUCACAUUGUCCUGCUCCCGACAGCCCCGACGGCGACCGCAUCCCGCGGCUCACUCCGAGCUGGACACUGGGAUGCAGCACGGUCGCGGCCCUAAGCACGUGGCUUGUCAGGUGAAGCACACACACAAAAAAGAAAGAAAAAGAGUUGGGUGCCUCACGCAGCGGACCGCGCCGCCACCUUCAUCCGCACGGCUGGGUUCCGCAGGUCACGGCCACCCCUCCCGUGUCGCCCGCACCCACGCUACAGGUGACCAGACGGACAGCGAACUUUGGGCUGCAGAGACCACUCGGCACCGGCCGAGUGCAAAGACCGCGUGCUGCGCGCUCAUUGUCGCAGCCGCGUCCCUGCGGACUUCUCCAACAACGCCACGCCGCGUGCGUCGCGCAACCCCGGCGCUGGCCCUCACCCGCUGCCUUCAGCCUGUGUGGCCGCUGUCUCCAGGCAGUGGCAAGUUAGUUUCCGAGCUCCGGCUUUGUUGUUCACCCGCGUGCAAACCAUCGCGAGCGCCGCGGGAGCGCAACACGCGGGUGCACGCGGCGCCCGAGCCCCCGGCCAGAGCCCACACAGGAUCUGUGACCCGGACCCUGCUCUCGAGGUCGGCAGGGAACACUACGACUGAGAAAAGUCAUUGUCACCUUCAGCAUGGAUGCAAGUCCGCCGCUGCUCGUUCGUUUCCAAGCUGCACUCACUUUCCCCACACCCUGACUUUCGGUUUACCUCAAAUAUCCUCUCCAAUUAAGAAGCGCAUCUCCAACACCUCUGUACAAAAGAAUCUGGAGUCCGGAGAGCACGAGGGGAGCGCUCCCCGCAAUGCCAUCUCCAAGACAAAACUUCCUGUGUGUUUGUGUAUGGGAAGGACGGAGGAGGCGGGGGAGGUAAAGGGAGGAAAGGAAAAAAAAAAAAUCACAGAAAGCAAAACCUUGGAGACAGUUUUGCACGGGUGUCUGGACAAGAACCACUCACCUUCCACGCGCAGCAACGUCCCCACGGUGCAAACUGCACCAGGCCAACCCCCUGCAAGCACUCCCUCCGCCAGCGCCGAGUCCAGAAAGAUUGUCUCCAGCAGUUCUUCAGUUGCUACCGCGGACGGAGGGCCUGGCUUGUGAGACUGCUCAACUGGUACUUUCAAGCCUGACCACCUGAAGGCGAGAACCUACUUCUGCAAAUUCACUCCACACACCACAUGCACACAUAAAAUUUCAAUUCUCCAACAGAGGUUUCGUUCUUGCGGCUUUAUUAAGUCGUAUAAUAAAGUCCCAAUUUUGACUUCAUCCAUUCACUAAUUCCCACUUGUCCCUCUCAAACAUGACUCAACCCAUAACUGGGUUGUUUUUGCUUUGCCCACUGGACUGAAGUUUUCAAGCUUCUGCGAGAAUUUCAUGGUAGUAAUUACCGUGGGAAUGGUGCCACCUUCUGAAAACACACAAAUUCUCCAGCCGCGAAGAGCUCCUCAACCCAGAAAAACCACUUGUGAGGGGAGAAAGUGGAAGCAAAAUCACACACCAUUCCAUGUGAAAUAUACGAUCGAACAUCUAAAUUUAACAUUUAAAUUUUCUAAAGAAAAUUUAAAAGGGAGGCAAUUCUAGAAGAAAGGGAGUAAUCUAGAGAAAAAGAAAAGGGAGGUUCUGUAGCUUGAGGAGGAAGGAAGGAGGAGGAAGACCCAGAAGUAACUUUUCAGAUGAAAAAGUAAGAAAUGAAAGUGUAAUUGUGAUACUCCUUAAGCCUGGCAGCCCAUAACACCUGGUUCAGUGAUCCGGGGAGGAUUGGUAGGAAAGAGAAUGUUAUCUUCCCCAGAACUUGAUACUGGUUCCUUGCUACAAAGUAUGGAAAUCAACUGUAAAAAACUGACAGCAUUCACUGCUUUUGCUGUAGAGCCAAGUAUGCAGAUUCAAACAAAUAUUUCUGAAAUGCUACAUUAAUUCAAUAGCUAAUUCCUAAAACAUAGCUCAAACGCACUUGUGAAGACCUCAACUUUAAAAAAAAAGUUUUUUUUAAAAAAAGAUGUAUUUAUUUAUUAUAUGUAAGUACACUGUAACUGUCUUCAAACACCCCAGAAGAGGGCAUCAGAUCUCGUUACAGAUGGUUGUGAGCCACCAUGUGGUUGCUGGGAUUUGAACUCAAGACCUUUAGAAGAGCAGUCAGUGCUCUUAACCACUGAGCCAUCUCUCCAGCCCUAAAAAAAGUUUUAUAACACUAUUCCUCUAAAGGAGUAGAAUAAAUAAACCUAACAACUGUCACUAAAAUACAAUUCUUUUUUGUUUUUUUUUUUUGUUUUGUUUUGAGACAGGGUUUCUCUGUGUAGCCCUGGCUAUACUGGAACUCACUCUGUAGUCCAGGCUGGCCUCAAACUCAAAAAUCCACCUGCCUCUGCCUCCCAAGUGCUGGGAUUAAAGGCAUGCCCUACCACUGCCCUGCUGGGUGGUGCACAUCUUUAACCCUAGACUUUGGAGGCAGUCACAGGCAGAUCUCUUUGAGUUCCAGACAAGUCUGGUCGGCAGAGUGAGUUCUAGCACAGCCAAGGCUAUCCUGUCUUGGAAAAAAACAAAAAACAAAAAUGAACAAAACUUUCCAAACUUCCAUUGGCAACAAACGGCACUAAGCA